AAUUAUAUAACUUGUCUAGACCACUCUGACCCGUAUUUCUGGAAGAAUAUUUUCUUCGAGUCUCGCGAAGUUUUCUUGUCGAGUGUGAAUCCGUGCAUUCAGUAGUUCUGAAGCUCUGCAGACCACCGGGAAGAUUAGCUAUACAUAAUGGCAUCUCUAAUACAUACUGUCCGUGGUUUAAUUCGUCGAAAUUCAAAACUGGUCCCAUCACUUGCGAUUCGCUCUAUCUCUACAUCUGCGUUGCAGCAGUCAAAUAACAGCCAAAGAUUCUUGGUGCAGCCACGGCAGCUUCUCUGUCGCUUUGAGCAAAUCGGUUGUAGGCAACUAGAAUUCACUAGAAACUACAGCGCUAAGGAACCGCUUACAUUGCAGCUGAUUAAGGAACGCGUUCUACUUGUGUUGAAACUAUACGACAAAAUCAACCCGGAGAAGUUGACACUGGAAUCGCAUUUUAUCAACGACCUUGGUCUGGAUUCGUUGGAUCAUGUGGAAGUAAUAAUGGCCAUGGAAGAUGAGUUUGGUUUCGAGAUUCCCGAUAGUGAUGCAGAGAAACUUUUCAGACCGGCUGAUGUAGUGCAAUAUGUCGCCGACAAGGAAGAUAUUUAUGAAUAAAUGGUGAAAAAUACUCACCUUGUUGAAUUUUUUGCUGCCCGGUAGCUGCAUCUAAAAAAUAACGAAAGAAAUACACUGCAGAAUUUAGUUUAAAAUAAAAUAUUUUACAAACUGUA